GGCUCAUCCCGCGCUAGCCUCGGCCUCGCGGGUAAUGUAAAAUCCUCGCGUGUGCAUGUACAUUUUGAAUGUACAGACUACAGUCAGUUCCUACGUUAGAUCUUUUAAAAUGUCGUCAGUUGAGAAAUUGAGCAUUCAAGGGAUCAGAAGUUUUGGCCAAGAUGAUGGUGACCGACAAGUCAUCCAGUUCUUCCAUCCAUUAACCCUCAUAGUGGGUCAAAAUGGAGCAGGGAAAACGACAAUCAUUGAAUGCCUGAAGUACAUCUGUUCAGGAGACUUUCCUCCAGGGAGCAAGGGAGCCUUGUUCAUUCAUGACCCCAAGGUUGCUCAUGAAACAGAGGUCAAAGCCCAGGUCAAGUUGCGUUUCAAGGACAAGGCAGGGAAGGACGUCGUCGUUACCAGAAGUCUGGUUGCUACUCAAAAGGUUAAGAAAAUUGAGUUCAAGUCUUUGGAAGGAACAAUUCUGAGGGUAGACAACUUUGGGCAGAAAAACAGCAUCAGCUCAAGAUGUGCGGAAAUAGAUAGAGAGAUGGUGGAGAGUCUUGGUGUCUCCAAACCAGUCCUGAGUAAUGUCAUCUUUUGUCAUCAAGAGGAAGCCAACUGGCCUCUCAGUGAUGGGAAGAGUCUGAAAGGGAAGUUUGAUGAGAUUUUUGCUGCUACCAGGUACAUCAAAGCUCUUGAAACAAUUAGGAAGUUGAGAACAGAGCAGAAUAGUCAAAUUCGGGAGUACAUCGCAGAGACGAGACAUCUUAAAGACUGGAGGGAAAAAGCAAAACAGUUAUCCAGAGACUUGGAUGACAAGAAGGCAAGAUUAGCAGCAGCUGAAGAAUCGGUCACUAAAAUCAACGGUCAGCUGAGACCCGUCGAGGAACAAUAUGAUGACCUGGUCAGAAAGUCCCAUCAGAUUACUAAGCUGGCUAAUGAAGUUGCCAAGUACCAAGGAGAGAGAGACCAGCUGAUAAAGAGCAUGAGGAAUGUAGAAGGGCGUCUUGAAAACAUCUUCCAAGGUUCUUUGGAUGAAUUAAGAAGGAUCUACAGCACUCAUAAGAGUAAGAUUACUGAGAAAGAACAUCAACUUCAAGAGAAUGAGAAUAAGAGGGUGAGACUUGCACAGUCGGCUCAGAGAAUAGCCAAUGAGAAGUCCCAGCUUCUCGUCAAACAAGGAGUCCUCAAACAAGAAGCAGAGCAUCAACAAGAGACGAUCCGUCGGCGAGACCUGCGGUUGCGUAACCUCGCCAACCAGCUCCACCUUCUCGGUUACAGCGAGACGGGCGAGGUCACCAAGGCGGACGAGUUCAUAGAGGAGACCAAGGCUUGGAUGGAGGCGCAGAGGGCGGAAAGUCAGAGGAUCAAGACUCAACAUGAAGAGAAGGAGAUGGGGGUCGAGAGGCAGUCGCAGGAUCUUAGGGAUACCUUCACCCGUCUAGAAACAACCAUCAAGAGCAAAAUGGCUACCAUUAGAGAUAAUUCCACUAAGCUAAGAGAGAUCAAGGAGGAGCUGAGCACCAUGGGAGAGAGCUCUCAGCGACUCAAGGAACUCGAGAAUGACAAGAAAAGAGCUGAAAGUGAGCUGAGUCAGGUCGAGGGGAGUCUGAAUGAUGAUGUCAUCAGACAAGAAAUUGAUUCCCUACAGAGGGAAGCAAGGCAGUAUGACAAAAGGAUGUCGGAGCUCACGAAUGAAUUAACUACCAUCUCUUCACAGUCACAAGCCAGAGCAAAGCUUGAGAUAUUGCAGAAAGAUAAAAACAUCAAAGAAGAUCAAAUAAAGAGACUGAGAGCAAAGCAUGAGGAAGAGAUGCUCCAUCUUCUUAAUCAUUUCCCGUCGGAGAAUAUCAGAUCAAAGCUCUCAAAUUAUCUGGUUGCAAAGACCGAUGAAGUGAAGAGAUGCAAUAACAAACUUCAGCAAGCUAGGAUGAAUCUAUCAGCCAAGGAAGCUAACAGAAACUCAAUCAUGGACCAUCUGAAGAGGAAAGAAGGUGAUUUGAGAACCAAUGAAGAUCAGUUGAUGUCAGUUUGUGGGACGCAAGAUAUCGACGACUCAAUACAACAAGUCACUCAAUCGAUCAACAGUCUCCAAAACGAGCGUGGAGCACUGACUGGCAGCAAGCAUUUAUUUGAUCGAUAUAUCCAAUCCCUGCAGCGAUCGGAGGCACUCUGCCCUCUCUGCCAUCGUGGCUUUGACUCGGGAGAAGAAGUUCAGGAACUCAUUCAAGAGCUUCAAGACAAACUGCGCUUGGCUCCAAGCAAGCUAGCUGAGAAAGAGCGUGCUAUUACGAAGCAGAGGGAAAAAUCUGAUCGGCUGUUGGCUCUUAGACCUAUCAAGGAUGCUGUAACCAAGCUAUCGGCCCGUGAGAUCCCAGAUCUGAAACUGAAAUUGUCUGCCGUCAAUGCUGAUAUUGAGAAACUCAAUGCUACCAUCAGCGAGGCAGAGGAUGAGUUGAGUAUGCUGCAGGUGGAUGAAGCAAUGGCAAGGGACAUGAUCCCUGAUAUACAGAGCCUUGAGAAGACAUUGAUGGAACUCAGAGAUCUGGAACGCAAAAUCGGAGAACAGUCUAGGCACUUCUCUGGAUCCGAUGUGACCAGAACUCUCCAACAAGUCAAGACUGAAACAGAAGAAAUCAAGAUCAAAAUGAAUACUGUAAAGAGUACCCUUGAUAUGAAGCAGCGACAAAGGCAGGAGCAUGUUGAUAAUAUAAACAUGAUGCGGAUCAGUAUCAAUAGCAUCACCAGUGAGGUGCUUCGUCUAUCGGCGAAGCUCCAAAAGAGAGAGAAGCUAGAGAAUGAUCAGGCCGAGUUGAACACCAUCAAUGGAACAUUCCAAAGAGAGAUUGAGUACUCAAGACAGGAGCAGGGACCCAUUCAGUACAAACUUCAGACGCUAGCAAAAGAAAAAGCUGCUAUCAUCCAGAAGAAAGAGAAUGAAAUCAGAGCAAUAAGAGAGACGAUUGAUGAAGUCCAGCAGAAGUUAAGAGAUAUCCGCGUUGGGACAGAUAACAUUGCAAAGUAUGUUGCGGAUGGGAAGGAUACUCAGUUGGCUGAUGUGGAGGUGGAGAUAAUGGACCUCGAUGAUAAGAUGAGAAAAUCAAAUGAGGACCUGAGUCUGAUGGUAGCAAGCAUUGAUCAACUCAAAGAUGAUAUCAGCAAUCAAAAGGUAAAAGAGAUGGAGCUGGAGAAUAACCUGCACCUGUUCAAGUAUCGACAAGAAGUGGAGAAGAAAACGGCGGAGAUUGAGAAGUUACAAGAGAAUCUGGGCGGUUACAAUCAGAUAACCAUCGAGAGAGAGAAGACGGAGAUGGAAAGGAAGAAAGGUGAUCUUAAUAAAGAGAAAUUCUCGCUUGAUGGGAGAUGUACUGAGUUAAGAAAAGAGGUCUCAAGACAAGAGAGGGAAUUAGAGACUGACACAUACAAGAAUGCAGAGAGGAACUACAAUGAUAUGAUGAUCAAAUGUAGGACGACAGAGAUCGCUAACAAAGACUUAGACAAGUACUACAAUGCCCUGAACAGUGCUAUCAACACGUAUCACAGUCAAAAGAUGUCUGAGAUUAACAAGAUUGUUCGAGAUCUCUGGCGUAUGACAUACAAGGGAAGUGAUAUUGACUUCAUUGAGAUAUGCGCUGAUGAUGAGACGGGAGCUUCCACCACUCAACGGAGGCAGUACAAUUACAGGGUCGUCAUGGUGAAAGGAGACACAGCUCUGGAUAUGAGAGGAAGAUGCAGUGCAGGUCAAAAGGUGCUUGCAUCCCUGUUGAUACGCCUGGCCUUGGCAGAGACUUUCUGUUUGAGCUGUGGAAUCUUGGCCCUUGAUGAACCUACCACAAACCUUGAUAGAGACAACAUAGAAAGCUUGGCACAUGCACUCGUAGACAUCCUAAAGAGUCGAGAAAACCAGAGAAAUUUCCAGCUGUUGAUCAUCACUCACGAUGAGGAGUUUGUUGAGCUGCUCGGCCACUCUGACUAUGCAGACCAUUUCUAUAGAGUCACCAAGAACCCAGAUCACAAGUCAACUGUUGUAAAGCACGACAUUGCUACUCUGCAAGCAACCCAACAGUGAUGAGAAACAGACAUCAGAUCAACACCCUGACCCUAUAACAUGAUGUAAACCAGUUUUAUUUCUUCCACUUAAAGUGCUGUCAAAAUACUUGAUGAUUGCUCUUGAUGAAGAUAAAUUAUAUCUGAUUGUGAGAUGGCUUAUUUCCCAAUUUUCUCUUUUGUCAGUAUCGGCCAUGCCAAUACGUUGUUAGUGCUCACAAUGUUACAGAGGUCCUGUACAGCCAGUGAUGUGGCAGCGAUGCCUUAUGUCAUGACAGUGUAAUUAUUACAUCUUGGAUCAUUAUUUGACAUUACAAUAAAAAAAAAUGUGACUGGGCCUACGUUUUAGUGCCCUGUUAGUGCUAAUAAUGUAUCUGUGAUGCCAUUACUGCACUUUCUGUUGAAAAAGACUGAAAAAUUGUCUACUGCUAGUCUAAUGUCUCUAAUCUAUCUAAAUAUCUGCUUUCUAUAAAUGGCUUUGUUGUUUAACUGCUUUGUAUUUUAUUCAAAAAUAUCAUUCUGUAUAACCAAACGAUUGCAUAGCUGGGCCCUGUUGAAUAAAAGUUACUAUCAUGGUAACUUUGCCAUCCAAAAAUAACUACCAUGGUAACGAUGUCUAACAGCCAAUCACAAUCAAGGAUGUCAUGAAAGUAACUGUCAAAUAGCAAAGUUAACUUGGUAUUUAAUUUUAUGCAACAGGGCCCAGGAUGUGCUUAUACUACUUGUGGAUAUUCUCUUUCUUUGGUAUUUGUUUUUCACUUGGACAGAUUAUAAAAUGUGAUCGUUAUUGAGAUGAAAAAUCAAGUUCUUGAUUGGUUAACAUUUAUUGAACAUACAAAUAUUGUUACGAUUUUUACCAUCGGUAGCAAUUACCAUUAAUGUAAGGGCAAAUUUCCAAAACUGUAAACUUACUGAGACCAAACCCAGUGCAACACUGUGAACUUACAGAUAAUUAGUUAGAUAUCCACUUACAUGUCUAUAAAUGAGACAAAAGUAGUUAAUGACUUUGGUUUUAUAUAGUGUACCUUCUCAUUUCAACUUAUUGUAUGUAAAACAUCAUAUUGGAAUUGCAGUAAAAACUGCUUUCACAAUUAUAGACAAAAAGGAUGAGCAAGAAAGCUAGGAAUGAAUACUUAGUGCUAAGUUUUUCAGCAGCUGCAAUAAGCAAUGAGUUUGAUAAAUUUAUUUCAAAAUAUGGUAAAUUGUUGUCAAUUGACAUCAUUGGAGCUUCUUGCAGAGUGUAAGCAAGCCAACAACGAAAAAAUGAAAUUUAGCUGAAAACAUUGCACUUCUGGAAAUCACAUACACAAAUUUAAACAUCCAUGGGCAUGGGUUAUAAAUUACCUGUUGUAAUAACAGAAUACCUUUCCUCUUUUUCUGUGUAAUUACUCAUUUUCAAGUAGAAUCCUUCAAUUUUGGCUAGUAAUUGUAUAUUGAAACAUACUAACACUUCAACAUUUUGUUGGAUUCUGUUGAAAAAAAAAAAAAUUCUUGUUUGAACAGGAAUUUUUCAUCAUGAGAAGAGCUAUUAGUAG